AUGUGGAAUACGGGUCCCGAGGUUCCUUUCGUCGCUGCCCCAGCCUCCAUCCUUCGCUCUUCUAUCUCGAAGCUGGCGCGUAGACGAUUUGUAUGGAGAAACACGCUGGGACAAAAGAUGCAGAGCUUAACUCCUACCCCUUCUAGCGUGGUGGCCCCGGUGGCCCAAGUUAGCAUGUUCCGAAAGAACGGAAAGCCUACGUCCUGCGAGCCAUGUCGCAUCUCCAAAGUCAGGUGUGACCAUAUAACACCCAUCUGUCGAAGAUGCGAGAAACGAGGCAUUGCGGCCAAGUGCUACUAUCAUGAGGCGCCAUUGACUCGGGCUGGCCCAAAGAACCGCGAUAGAGUCACUAAGCCGCAGAUAUCUACUAUUCCUAGGGCAGACAUUGUAAGGCGACGCGUUUCUUAUCCCGAAAAUGUCCGUACAUACCCAGGGACCUCUGAGGAGAAGGACGCGGAUGGUGGCACGACUAUCCAGAAUGCCUAUCUUGGAUCAACGAGCUUCUUAUCCGUCUUCCAGGAAACGCCUUCUGGAUUCUCCAGCUGCUCGCUUAUAUCACCUCAAGUGGACUUGGGCCGAUGGGGUUAUGACGUAGCCCAUACAGAGCUCAACUUGACACGACUUCUUUCCGCGUUCGAUCUGUAUGAGGAGUUGAUCGUAACAUAUUAUAAAUCAUGUCUGCUCCCCUUCCUCCCUAUACGGCUAGUCCUCGACCCGCUACGAGCCACCAGAGCUUAUCUGGAUUCCAACGGCUGGCUUCAGGAGUCGCGGCGACGUGAACUUUAUGCCAAAAUUACACAAAACACAGCAGUUUCGCUUCAUGUUUCCGGAACCUCCUUAGAAGAUUUUACCUCUCUAUUUUCGGGCGAAAACCUUAGGUGGGAAUUUGUCGGGGUGAUCUAUUCAUUGGUCGGAUUGAGUGUCCUUUCAGAGCCUUUCCACUCUACCGGGCUUUGCACUUAUAAAAGAGAGCCCCUGGAUGAAGAAGCAUUUGCAAAAGAGAUGGCUGCUUCAGCUAAUAGUCACCAUGUGUAUGCAGUGGUGGGCGACUUGGUUACUGAUAUCUACGGGAUGGGGCUGCACCGAUACAAACCACCAGAUACGGACGUGCCUUUUUUCCUUUCAGAGGUUCGCAAAAGAUUAGUCGCAGCCACUUACCGCGCAGAUAAAACCAUGGCCACCCUUUUGGGUCGACCCCCACGCCUUCCUUACCACUAUUGUGAUGUAUCUCUUCCGCUAGAUAUCGAGGACGAAGACCUUUUUCUUGACGGAGAUGCGCUUGAAACAGUUCUCCAGAAACUAACCCAUGAUGGAUGGAAUUCCGGGAGUGUUUCUGACGGCAAAAUGCGUGCUGCAACUGCAAUCAGGCUGCGUUAUAUCUCCUCAAUCUUGAGAGAGAAAGUUCUGAGACUAUCGCUUGGACGAAAAGGAGCUAAUUUCUCAAACGACCUCCAGGAAACAUACCAAGAAUGCAAACAGAUGUGGGACGGGGUCCCUGGAUGGUUCCAUUAUCGUCCAAACUGCUGGGAAAUACUUGAUCCAGUCAUAUGCAUUGUGAGCCUUGUCAUCUAUCUUGAGUGCAUUCACACAAUUUUCCAGAUUGAACGAAUUCGCUGCCGUGAAAACGAGGGCCCUGUAAGGGAUCUCCUGGAUACGUCGAUGCAGGCCGUUUCAGCUGUGAUUGACUUUACAAAACAAGGGGAGAAAAAGGGUAACAAAAUUUGGAAACAUUUUGCCUGGGUUUUCCUACUGUACGCUUUGCCAACGGCAGGCGUCCUAGCGACCGAGCUACAUCGAUGCACGAUAACGGAGACCCCCCUAUCGUCUACCGCGCCUCGAUCUGAGGUAAUACGUAACCUUAGCACCAUUGUUUCGUGGUUUGAAUGCACAGACCUCUCCCUGAACGUCACCCACAAUGCAUGCGUGGAAGUUAGUAAAGCUAUUAACAAGUUAUUGGACGACACUCUGAACUACCAGCCUGGCACUUCUCGACGCCGAAUCGGAGGUAAUGAGACAGUCGCCGCACACGCUGUCUCCUCUGAAGGACCGAGAGUAGACGCUGAUGCUAUUGUGGGAAACACUAAGCCCUACGAUGUUGGGGCACAAACGUUACACCCUGAACCUUUCGGUAACGAUCUCACCAAUGGAAUAUCGAUUGGGACAGGCGAAAGCUUUCUCAGCUGGUUAGAUGAGCUUGGCAUGGACACGUCUAUUCCAGAGUUCCUGUUAUGA